AUGACGGAGAGCCAACCGCUGCUGGAGGACCCUCUUUGCGAGGAAGAUGUCGCGAAACACCUGCUGGAUUUCGAUCCCAAUGGCGACCCCGAGAACCCGAGAGAAUGGCCGACGGCGUUCAAGUGGACCAUUGUCGGUCUUUUGGCAUGCAUGGCCUUCACCGUAACCUUCACUUGCAUCUCCGUCGUGCCGAUCGCCGCUCACAUCAUCGGUGACCUCGACCACGAUGACGGCACCAACUCACCCGCGAGCGCUCUGCUCGUCACCAUCUGGGAGCUGGGUGAGGCCGCGGGACCUCUUCUCAUCGCGCCCCUCUCGGAAAUCUACGGUCGGAAGCCGGUCCUGAACGCCGCCAACAUCCUCUUCGUCACGGCUACCGUCCUGGCCGCCCUCAGCACCAGCACGCCGCUUCUCAUCGCCGCCCGCGCCCUCACCGGACUCGCUGUCGCCACCAACGUUCUGAACCCCGCCAUCAUCGGGGACAUGUUCGAGGCCGACCAGCGCGGCUCUGCGAUCAGCAUGGUCUCCCUCGCACCUCUCGUCGGAGGCGCCGUCGGCCCCAUGAUCAGCGGCGCAAUCGCGCAGACUGUGGGCUGGAGGCGCGUUUUGUGGAUGAGCGCGGGACUGGCUGCUGCUUGCGAGGUUCUCUUCCUGUUCUGCUUCAGGGAGACCUACAAGAUGACCAUCCUUAGACAGAGGGCUGCCAACGCGCAGCAUGAGUCCGGGGCUCCGCUUCACCCGGCCGGCGUGGAUGACCACAAGAGCAUGAUCAAGCUCUGGGAAUCCAUCAAGCGGCCCGGCACCGUUCUGAUGAAGUCGAGCGUCUUGCUUGCCAUGUCAUUCUUCGGCUGCGUUACCUUCGCUUACUUCUAUGUCAUGUCAAUCACACUGCCGACCAUCCUCCAGGACGUAUAUGGCUUCUCCCCAGCGAUGACGGGCCUUUCGUUCAUGUCGUUCAGUGUCGGUUCCUUCAUCAGUGUCCUUGUCAGCAACUUCAGUCUCGAUCGGAUCUACAUCAAGCUCCGUGGCAACGAUCCAGUCGGACGCCCGGAGUAUCGACUGCCGCUUCUACUUAUCGGGGCUUUCGGUUUACCCCUGACCAUCAUCGCCUACGGCUGGAUCACGCAGUUGCAGCUGCAUGUUGCGCUACUACUGCUGUCCGUCGCGAUGCAGGGCUUCAUGAUGCUGAUUUGCUCUUUGCCUCUGUCCGCCUACGUCGUUGACGCGUGCGGCAUCUACUCCGCAUCCGCCAUGACCGGUGUCAUUGUCACGAGAUGCUUGGCAGGCACCUUUCUGCCUCUUAGCACGGGCCCUCUGAUCGAGUCUUUCGGACACGGCUGGGCGUUCACCAUCCUGGGAGGCGGCAUCAUCCUCCUUGCCCCCAUUCCCAUUGUCGUCAUGAGAUACGGCCACGUUUGGCGCCAGAAGUCCGAGUACACGAGAGACGCUUAA